CCCAUUUCUUAGCUCUCUCCAAUCUAACGAAAAAUCCAACGAAAAUUUCAAAUCUCUACUCGACUACAGAUCCAAUCAUCGAAACUCCACGACAAGACGAAUACCCAAAUCUCAAAAUCCUCUCUUUCUUCUCUCCUUCUUACUUUAGAUUCAGUGUUGUCAUAAAUUUCAUCGAUUUUGAUGAUUUCUUGAGAUGGGUUUUUGAUUUGAGCAAUGGAUGGGCCAUGGAGCGGGGAGAGCAGAAGAAUGGCGUCCUUUUUGGGUCGAUUCUUGCUGCCUCUGCUGCUCUUAGCAGGUGCUUUGCUUGAUUGGAGUUUGAUCUCUCUCAUUGAUUUGUUAAUAUUUAUUGGCAUUCAGAUUACUGUUCCAAGAAGAGGAUUUCCAUUUUGGAGGCUGUAUAUCAUAUCAUGGUUUACAAUCAUAUUUUCUACACUUACCAUACUAACUCAAAUCAUAUUCAAUGUCAUUUGGAGCAUUAAGGGGAAUGAGUGGAUCAUAGCUGAUUCUUGGUGGGCAAAGCUGAUUGGAUUUGUCAGAGUUGAGCCUUGGGGAUCAAGAUCUGUUGUAUACUUUGUGAUUAUACAACUGGCAGCUUCUGUUGUUGCUUUUGUUGAAGUCCGUGGAAAUGGUAACUGUGGGGAUUCUUGCUGGUUAAACUUUUCUUCAACCAUUCGUCGUAUAGGUUAUCAUCUCAGGGUAGCAUGUUGUUUAUUGUUGCCAGCUGUUCAGUUGGUUGUAGGGAUUAGUCAUCCUUCAUGGAUUUCAUUGCCUUUUUUUGUUGGUAGCUGUGUCGGCCUUGUUGAUUGGUCUCUAACAAGCAAUUUUCUUGGCCUUUUCCGGUGGUGGAGACCUCUGCUAAUAUAUGCAUGCGUCAGCAUUUUCCUACUUUAUGCUUAUCAGCUACCAAUUGAGCUCCCAACAUUGUUUCAGAUAGCUGCGGACUUCAUGGGUUUAUACAAAAUAACCAACAAAUCAGAGUGGCCAGAGCUUUCUUCUGGGAUCUCUAUUUUGUUGUUCUAUUUCAUGUUAUCAUCUGUCAAAUGUGAUCUGGAAGAAAUGGAUGCUAUUAUGUCUAUGGGUGGUGACAGUCUGACAGAACGGCUUCUUCCAUCAAAGCAUUCAUUUUUCAUAAGAGAAUAUCGGUCUGGUGUCAGGCAUACAAAUGUACUGCUAAGGGGAUCUGUUUUCCGGAAUUUUAGCAUUAACUACUUCACUUAUGGGUUCCCGGUGUUGCUGCUUGCUCUUGCAUUUUGGAGUUUCAGUUUUACUAGCAUAUGUGCUUUUGGUUUACUAGCCUAUGUUGGAUAUAUUUUGUAUGCCUUCCCUUCCUUGUUUCGAUUGCACCGGUUGAACGGGUUGCUUCUUGUCUUCAUUCUUGUUUGGGCUGCUAGCACAUAUAUUUUCAAUGUCGCAUUUACAUUUCUCAAUAAAGAGUUCACGAAGGACAUGGAGAUUUGGGAAACUAUUGGAUUUUGGCGUUAUCCUAUACCAGGGCUGUUUCUGCUCGCACAAUUUUGUCUUGGUGUUCUCGUAGCAAUUGGAAAUCUUGUUAAUAACUCUGUCUUCCAGUACUUAUCUGAUCACGGAAGUUCUUCCUCAAAUGAUGAUCACUCUGUAGAAGAGAAAGAGGAUACCAAGGUUUUGAUAAUAGCUACUAUAGCAUGGGGGCUACGCAAGUGUUCACGUGCUAUCACUUUGGCCCUGAUAUUUCUUCGUGUUAUGAAGCCGGGCUAUAUUCAUGCCGUAUAUAUGUGCUUCUUUCUGGUCUACUUGUUGAGCCAUUCCAUUACUAGAAGUACACGUCAGGCUCUGGUUCUUUUCUGUGCGGCACAUUUUUCUCUUUUGUAUAUCCUUGCUGUGUCAAUCUUGUCACAGUUAGGAGUCCCAAGUCACACUAGUUUCAAGGAUUUUAUUGAGAUAGGUGUGUUGCUGUGUUUCUGUACAUUUCAAAACCAUGGGUUGAAAAUGCUUUUUUCAUUAUCUGCUAUUGUGCAACGUACUCCUUCUCCUCCUCUCGGAUUCAGCAUCCUGAAAGCUGGUUUGAGCAAAUCUGUUUUGCUUUCUGUAUACGCCUCUUCAUGUUCCAGUGACAGUCAAUCUGUCAACUCUUCACGUGAGAAGCUUAUAGCAACAUAUCUCAGUCAGAUUGGUCAGAAAUGUUUGUCUACGUACCGUUCAUACGGCACAUAUGUGGCUUUCAUAACUAUUCUUCUCACAUUAUAUCUGGUGACACCAAAUUAUAUAUCCUUUGGUUUCCUGUUUUUCCUUCUAUUUUGGAUAAUAGGAAGGCAGUUGGUAGAAAAGACAAAAAGGAGACUCUGGCUUCCCUUGAAAAUUUACGCCACGGUAGUGUUUGUCUUCACUUACAGCUUGAGCAUUUCUCCCAGUCUUCAGUCAUGGGUAUUGAAGAUGGUUGAUCUGUAUCCUGAUUUAGGAUUCAAUCCAGAAGCCUCUUUGUUGGAGAAUGUCUGGGAGUCUUUAGCUGUUUUAAUUGUUAUGCAACUUUACAGCUAUGAAAGGAGACAGAAUAAGUGCAAUAUGACAUUAGAUUCUUCUGAUGCAUCAGAACGAGGAUUCCUUGGGUUUAUCCGAAGAUUCCUUAUUUGGCAUAGCGAGAAAAUAUUGUCUGUUUCUGUAUUUUAUGCUUCAUUGUCACCGAUUAGCGCGUUUGGAUUCCUUUAUCUUUUGGGUCUGAUCAUUUGUUCAACAUUGCCAAAAGCUUCUCGGAUUCCUUCAAAAUUGUUCUUAGUCUACACAGGAUUUCUUGUUGCUUUGGAAUAUCUUUUCCAGAUGUGGGGUAAGCUGGCUCAUAUGUUUCCUGGUCAACAGCUCUAUGGCUUGUCGGUUUUCCUUGGUUUCAGGUAUUUUGAAUCUGGCUUUUGGGGUUUGGAGUCUGGCUUGAGGGGAAAAAUUCUGGUAAUAGUUGCAUGUACUCUCCAGUACAACGUUUUUCACUGGUUAGGGACAAUGCCAAGAUCUUUGGUAAACAAAGGGAAGUGGGAAGAACCUUGCCAAUUGUUCGUAGCAGGAGGCAACACUUCAAAUAGUACGUUGUCUUAUACUGAAGAUAAAAUGCUGUCAGUAAAUUCCAGUUCAUCUGCCCAACAUGGGUUCAAUAAGAUGAGGGAGCCAUCCCUUUCUGAGUUGUAUCAGUUCUCAGAUUCAGAGUCUACCAUUAGAAGAACCUCAGCGAGAAAUAAUGCUAGGAAAUAUUCAUUUGGAUAUAUAUGGGGAAGUUCUAGAGAGAGUCAUAAGUGGAACAAGAAGCGCAUCCUUGCUCUGAAAAAGGAGAGGUUUGAAAUGCAAAUGCUUACUCUAAAAAUCUAUUUGAAAUUCUGGAUGGAAAAUCUAUUCAAACUACGAGGUCUUGAGAUAAAUAUGAUUGCUUUACUUGUGGCGAGUUUCACCGUGCUGAAUGUGAUAUCAAUGUUUUAUAUCAUGUGCCUUAUCACAUGCAUAUUUCUGAAAAGAGAGGCUAUUAGGAAAUUGUGGCCCUUAUUUGUUUUUCUCUUUGCAUCGAUCCUCAUACUGGAGUAUGUUGCUAUUUGGAAAGAUUUGAUACCUUGGAUUCAUACUCCUAGAGAUAUGAUCAUCAGCUGCCAUGAUUGCUGGAGAAGUUCAAGCCAUUACUUCAAUUAUUGCACAAAAUGCUGGCUUGGGAUAGUUGUUGAUGAUCCACUGAUGCUUGUCAGCUACUAUGCUGUUUUUAUCUUCUCUUCUUUUAAGCUUCGAUCUGACUAUUUCACUGGUUUCUCAGAGACUAACACAUACCUUCAGAUGAAAUCGCAAAGGAAAAAUUCAUUUGUCUGGAGGGAUCUCUCAUUUGAAACAAAAAGUUUCUGGACCUUUCUCGAUUACCUUAAACUAUAUGUGUAUUGUCAUCUGUUGGACAUUGUUCUUGCUUUGAUUCUUAUCACUGGAACUCUGGAGUAUGACAUUUUGCACCUUGGUUAUCUCGGUUUUGCACUGGUAUUCUUCAGAAUGAGACUAGAAAUACUGAAGAAGAAGAACAAAAUUUUCCGGUAUUUGCGCCUGUAUAAUUUUGCACUCAUUGUCCUUUCUCUUGCUUAUCAGUCUCCUUAUCUUGGUGAAUUCACUUCUGGUAAAUGUGACACGGUUGACUACAUAUAUGAGGUUAUCGGACUUUACAAGUAUGACUAUGGUUUCCGGAUUACAUCAAGGUCGGCAUUUGUUGAAAUUAUCAUCUUUUUGUUAGUCUCUAUGCAAUCAUACAUGUUUUACUCUGGUGGUUUUGAUUAUGUGGCAAGAUACCUUGAGGCAGAACAAAUUGGUGCUAUGGUUCGUGAACAAGAGAAAAGAGCUGCAUGGAAAACUGCACAGUUGCAUCAUAUCCGUAAAUCUGAAGAACAAAAGCGAUUACGCAACUUGCAAGUGGAGAAAAUGAAAUCCGAGAUGUUAAAUCUACAAAGUCAGCUUAACAGCAUGAAUUCUGGUGCAACUUUUGGUAACACCUCACCAAAGAGUGAAGGUCUCCGGCAUAGAAGGAACUCUUCUCUAAGUAUGGACAAAUUUAACAGGGUAUCCAAUGCCGAUGACAUUUCACCCACCAAACAGGACCAUAACGUUGAUGCAGAAUUUAAUAAUUCCUUCGACUUUCCUUUGCCGGAUAUGUUGAAGAAUGAUUUACUUAAUCAGGGGGCUUCUGAGCUUCAGGAGUCACCUGCAAGUCAGAAAAGUGAAAGUUUAUUGACAAUGGACUACAUGAGGCAUUCCUUAGAUUCUCAGUCUGAAAUAACUGAAGUCCCUACAAUGCAUGGAUCCUCUGAUCUCACUGCAGAUAGAAUUAAAAAAAUUAAGGGAAAGGGAAUGGAAAAUCCACUAAUCUCUGCUGUGCAGCUAUUAGGUGACGGUGUUUCUCAAGUACAAUCUUUUGGUAAUCAAGCAGUUACAAACAUUGUUAGUUUCUUGAACAUUGAGCCCGAAGAAUCAGACUCCAAUGGACACUCUUCUGCAGAAGAUGGAAUCCAUGAUGAAAUUGAGAAUGAAACUUCAGGGUAUGGGCAACUGGAUCGCACUAAUUCACUUCGUUCUAGUAGUGGGACAUCAACGCCUACAGCUAGCCUUCAGAUCGGAAGGAUCUUUCGUUAUAUAUGGUCACAGAUGAGAUCAAACAAUGAUGUUGUUUGUUACUGUUGCUUUAUAAUUGUUUUCCUAUGGAACUUCAGUUUGAUGUCCAUGGUCUACCUUGCAGCUCUUUUCUUGUAUGCUCUUUGUGUAAGUUCUGGUCCUAGUUAUUUCUUCUGGAUCAUCAUGCUUAUCUACACAGAGUUCAAUAUUUUGCUUCAGUAUUUCUAUCAGAUUAUCAUCCAGCACUGCGGUUUAAAUAUUAAUUUCAUGAUCUUGAGGUGGUUAGGAUUUCCGAAAGAGAAAAUAUCUGCAUCCUUUGUUAUUAGCACCCUACCUCUCUUUAUGGUGUAUAUAUCAACCCUUUUGCAAAGUUCAAUAACUGCUAAGGACGGUGAAUGGGCACCUGUGACUGAAUUUAAUCUUUUAAAUAGGAGAAAUCGGCAUCAAGAAGAGCACAGAACAAGCUACAGUUGGAGGGACAGAUUAAACCAUAUUCUUUCACCUGUUUGGAACAUGGUAAAGGUUAUAUCACGAAAUUUCUCGAAGUACUGGAGGUCACUAACGCAAGGUUCAGAAGCACCUCCAUAUUUUGUGCAGUUGUCAAUGAAAGUUAGUGACUGGCCAGAGGAUGGUAUUCAACCAGAGAAGAUUGAAACAGGAAUAAAUCAGUUGCUUAUGCUAGCUCAUGAAACAAGAUGUGAAGCUAAAAUUCCAACUUCAUGCCAUUCUGCUAGUAGAGUUAGAAUUCAAAGCAUUGAAAGAAGUCAAGAACAUGAAGAUGUAGCUGUUGCUGUCCUUGAAGUUGUUUAUGCUUCUCCUUUGGUAGGGUGUCAGACUGUGGAUUGGUGUAGAUCAUUGACUCCAGCUGCAGAUGUUUCUGCUGAGAUUCUCAAAGCACAAAGUGCUGGGUUUUUUGAAGAGAUUGAUUUUCCUUAUCCUGUUAUAUCUGUAAUCGGGGGAGGGAGGAGAGAACUUGACCUAUAUGCAUAUAUAUUUGGGGCAGAUUUGGCAGUUUUCUUUCUGGUUGCUAUGUUUUAUCAGUCGGUCAUAAAAAACAUCAACAAAUUUAUUGAUGUUUAUCAGAUUGAGGAUCAGUUUCCUAAAGAGUUCGUUUUCAUCUUAAUGGUUCUUUUUUUCUUAAUAGUGCUGGAUCGUAUUAUAUACCUUUGUUCCUUUGCUACAGUGAAGGUUAUUUUCUUCCUUUUCAACCUAGUUCUGUUUACGUACUCAGUCACUGAGUAUGCUUGGAACAUGGAACCAAACAAACGAAUUGGAGGAUUUGCAAUUCGUGCUAUCUUCCUCACAAAAUCAGUUUCAUUCGCACUUCAGGCAAUACAAAUUCGCUAUGGAAUUCCUAAUAAGAGCACUUUAUACAGGCAAUUUUUGACUAGUAAAGUUACACAAGUUAACUACUUGGGCUUCCGACUUUAUCGUGCUUUACCUUUUCUCUAUGAACUGCGAUGCGUACUUGAUUGGUCCUGCACUGCCACAUCUCUAACAAUGUACGAUUGGCUAAAGUUGGAGGACAUCAAUGCGAGCUUGUUUCUUGUCAAAUGUGAUGCUGAUUUAAAUAGAGCUGGACAUAAACAAGGACAAAAGCAACCUAAAAUGACCAAAUUCUGCAGUGGAAUAUGUUUAUUCUUCAUAUUGAUUUGUGUUAUCUGGGCCCCUAUGCUGAUGUACAGCAGUGGUAACCCAACAAACAUUGCAAACCCCAUUCAAGAUGUCAGUGUUCAGAUUGACAUCAAAGCUGCAGGUGGAAGGUUGACCCUCUUCCAAACCUCUUUAUGUGAAAGACAUUCCUCGAAGCAUUUUGAAGAGUUCCGAGAGGAAAUCGACCCUAAAAAUUAUCUGAAUGCAUAUAAUGUUCAAGAUAUUCAGUUGAUCUGCUGCCAAGAUGAUGCGAGCACUUUGUGGCUGAUCCCUCCUGUUGUUAAAGAUAGAUACAUUACUUCCCUUGUUAAAAUGGAUAUUGUUUUCACUUGGAUUUUCACAAGGGAGAGGCCUAAAGGAAAGGAAGCUGUGAAAUCUGAAUUAUCUGUGGGAAAUCUUCCAACUCCAUUUGAAGUCAUUGAAGUACUGAAUGGAACGGCUGAGAGUUUUCCACUCACUGAUGCUUAUCCUAGAUACUUUCGGGUUACUAGCUCUGGUGAAGUGAGACGUCUUGAACAAACAGAUACUUCGUCAGUUAGUGGCAACCUUUUCUUAAAUCGUGGUUCUCCUCCAUGGUGGUCCUUUUAUGACUUUGGUGUAUCAAAUAUGUCAGCGUGCAAUGGGUUGACUGGACCAAUGGCCGUUGUUGUAUCUGAGGAAACACCACAGGGUAUUCUCGGGGAAACUCUUAGCAAGUUCAGCAUUUGGGGCAUUUAUAUUACAUUUGUGCUAGCAGUUGGUCGAUUUAUCAGACUUCAAUGUUCUGAUCUACGGAUGAGAAUACCUUAUGAGAAUCUUCCUUCUUGUGACAGGUUAAUAGCAAUCUGUGAGGACAUUUAUGCUGCAAGAGCAGAGGGAGAAUUGGAAGUUGAAGAAGUCCUUUACUGGACGCUUGUAAAGAUUUAUCGGUCACCCCAUAUGCUUCUCGAGUACACGAAGCCAGACUAGCGCUAAAAGUACGAAAGAUCACUGACAAAAUCCUGACUGACACCAAUACCAGCUAAAUAACAAGAUCAUAGUGUACAGAGAUGAACAAGGAGCUCUUACGAGCUUAAUCUAACAUGAUAGUGGAGGCAUAGUAUGGGCGAUAUAUUUAUAUAAUUUGAUUUGUGAGUUUGUUUUUGUUUUGCGCUGUUUUCUGCUCCAUUUGCUACUCUUGAGAUGUGAUGGCUAUUGUAUAUUGGAUAAUUGUUGUAUAGUUUAGUGAUACCUUCAUUUAUUUGUUGGCGGUGCAUGAGAAAGGAUUUGUGUGGAAUUAUAUGUAUUUGUAGAAAAAUUUUCGUGACCUUUGUAUGCAUACAUAUUUAUUGAAUGAUGUAUACAUAAGAGAGUACAACACUAUUUUUUGUUUUUA